CAAGUCCUGACCCAUAAGUGGCCAUAACCCCUUUGGUGGCCAAAACAUAAAAACCCAUAAACCCUGAGCAUCAGAGCAUCUGCUCACAUUUUGGUACCAGUAAUUUCAUUUCAUCCAUAGAAACAGAGCUUCUAGACGACCGAGAGUGCGAUUGAAGAGAAAGAGAGAGUUUAGGGGUGUAUUGGGAUGGCUUUUCGUGGAGGUGCAACGCGUUUCCUUGGUUCAAUACUGUGUAGUUAUAGAUCGUCAACUACAGCUACUGCUGCUAAUGGCCGAGGUUUUUCUACCUGUGUCUCAAACAAAAGAGCUGUAUUUUCUCAUGUCACAGAGACCCAAACCUCGAUUCCUUUGAGACUUGCCAAUCCCCAAUGUGGGUCUGCCCUCUUUCUUCUUAGGACGUUGAGUCUGGGAGCAUCGUCGUCUUCUGACCAAAUGAGUCUUAUAAAGCAACUCAGGCAGAGAACCAGUGCUCCUAUCAAAGAUGUCAAGGCUGCUCUCAUUGAUUGCAAUUGGGAAAUCGAGGCUGCACUGAAGGAAUUGAGGAGAAGAGGGAAGGUUUUGGCAUCAAAAAAGUCAUCAAGAAUGGCUUCUGAGGGUUUGCUUGCACUGGCUCAGAACGAGAGCAGGGCUGCCAUUAUCGAACUCAACUGUGAGACUGACUUUGUUGCUAGAAAUGAAAUCUUUCAAUACUUGGCAUCAGCUUUGGCAAAGCAAGCUUUGCUGGUUGAAGGCUCUUCUCAACAGGUUCCUGGGGUCAUUCCCAUUGCCUCGGAACAUUUAGAGGACUUGAAGUUAAAUCUUGAACAUCCAAAAAUUAGUGGAGAAACAACUGUUCAGACUGCUAUUACGGAAGUGGCUGCAGUAAUGGGGGAAAAUAUUAAACUUAGAAGGGGAUUUGUGAUGCCUACAGCUUCACAUGGUGUUGUUUCCACGUAUCUCCAUGCAAGUCCCCAACCAGGUUUGGGUCGCAUUGCUGGAAUUUUAUCUCUCGAAGUAGAGGACAAGAGUGCUCCGUUGGAUGCCAUCCAGCGCGUUGGGUCAGAAUUGGCAAUGCAUGUGGUGGCUGCAAAGCCUUUAUUUUUAACAAAGGAACAUGUUUCUUCUGAUGCAUUAGAGAGUGAACGGGAAAUUCUCAAGUCUCAGGCUGAAAGUACGGGCAAGUCUCAGAUGGCCAUAGACAAAAUAGUAGAAGGUCGUUUGCGUAAAUACUACGAGGAAGUUGUUCUUAUGGAGCAGAAGUUUAUUGUGGACGAUUCUGUAAAUGUAAAGACACUAUUAGAUAAGCUGUCUAAGGAAGUGGGAUCACCAGUGAAGAUUGAGAGCUUUUUCAGGAUGGAAAUUGGAGAAGGAAUUCAAAGGCUUGAAGCAUCCAAUACAUCUGAAAAUUUUGCUGAGGCCGCUUGAGGAAAUGCUGCCCCUUAAUCCACAGAAUGUAGAAUUCUGGAACAUCUGUAGAAGUAGGGAUUCAGCCUGGGUCUGUCGAUACUCGGCAUGAGUUCUUUCUUUAUGCUUGCUCGCUGAUGGUAGUUAGCAUUUCUGUUGCUGGUGUUUUCAGACCGUGAUAUUUUGAGAUUAUGAAAUGUCUUUUUAUAAUUUUGUGACAGAUUUAAGUUUCUUUUCAUUUCUGUCAACAUACACAAUGUAAUAAUGUGCAUUCUCUCGUCAGGUCUCAGUGUCACAAAAUUAUAGGUAUGGCACCGGCUUCGAAGAUAAAGGAGCGAUUAUUAGAUGCUUGAUAUAUGGGUAACAAUGUUUUACCGUUAA